AUGACGUCUUCAUCGUCUUUAUCGCCGUUGACAACAGUCGUGGUACCGAUAGCGAAUGUUGAAACAAAUACUGAUAAUAAUAAACAAUAUUUAUGCUUAUUUUCCCUUAUUACGGCUGGACUAUUGGACGAAGAUAUGGGUUCUGAUGAACAGGAGAUUAUAGAAAUGAUUUAUCUUAUUAUUGAUACAGAUGAAAGAAAGAUGGUGACUUUAUAUCGUCAAUAUAUACGACCAUCAUUUAUAGAAACUUUGAAUGAUGAAUAUAAGCAAACAAGUGGAAUUGAUGAAACAUUAUUAUUUUUAUCCGACCUUGAUCUUAAUGAAGCAUUGAAAAAAUUUGAUAAAUUCUUGCGUGAUCGUUAUUUACAUCCAGAUUUUGGUGUUAAUUUAACAUUUGUUUGUGAGAAUUGUCUUUCUUUACGUCAAUGUCUUCAUACAGAAAGUGUUAAAAAAUCAACAAUACCAUUACCGAGUUAUUAUUGGUCGUAUUUUGAUUUAAGACAUGAAUUUCAAUAUAUGUAUAAAACGAAUGAAUGUUAUAAUACAAAUACUAUGCUUGAAAAUCUGUCAAUUGCUCCAAUAGAUGAAAUUGACUAUUGUAUGCGACAUGUUAGACAUAUGGAGUUAAUUGUUUAUCAAAUGUUGAAUGAUGGUUAUCGUUUUGAGAAACCUGAACAGAUAAUGGUUAACUUACAACAAGGCAUAUGUUCAUUAGAAGACAAUAUUGAAGAAAGUACAGUAGUUCGAGCACGUGGUUUACCAUGGCAAUGCACUGAUCAGGAUGUAGCCAAAUUUUUUCGAGGUCUUGAUAUAGAGAAGGGUGGUGUUGCCUUAUGUCUUAGUAGUCAAGGUCGUCGUAAUGGUGAAGCAUUAGUUCGUUUUGUAUCAACUGAACAUCGAGAAUUAGCUCUUCGUCGACAUAAACAUCACAUCGGACAACGUUAUAUUGAAGUAUAUAAAGCUACAGGACGCGACUUUCUCAAUGUUGCUGGAGGUAAACACUCAUUAGAUUUUUUCGUUCUUAAUGCAUAUAUUUAA